AUGUUCGCUCAUAGACACCCAUCAGUUGUAGACAGGAUCCACCUGAUCACGUUUGGGCAGCCGCGAGUGGGAAACUACGAAUAUGCUGUGACUCAUAGUGAGCUGAUUCCGAAUAGCUGGCGAAUCGUACACAAGUACGAUUUGGUGGCUCACCUACCGGCGUGUGCGAUUCGACCGAUCUCCCGUUCCUGUGUUUCGUUGCUGAAUCACUCGCCGUACCACCAUGGCACGGAAGUUUGGUUCCCAUCAAAUAUGACACGGAACGCAUUGUAUCGAGUGUGCAAUGGUCUGCCAAUGUUUGAGGAUGAUGCGUGCAGCAACGGCUACUACCUGCAUUACGGGUAUCAGGGACCAUAUGUACUAUUUCGAACGUGA